AAUAUGCUUGCAAACUCUCAUAUCUGUUCAAUAAUGGCUAAGGAGUUGGGAUCUGUUUCAUGCUCUGACCGCAGCCCAAUCCAACGUUUGCAAGCUUACUGUAUCUCCUCUGGUCUUGCCGAGCCCAAGCAAUCACCCAGCCAUACCCGCCACCUCAUUGCGCGAGGGGUCAAUCUCACUGGCAGCCUUGCGCCCCGCAACCCCGCCAUACAUCACUGCCCGCCGUUCGCGCAAGUCUGUCGCAAACUCGGGUUCAGUUUGAUCUUGAGCUUCACCAUUGCGCUUCUAGUAUAAAUCGCCAUAUUGCCAUCAAAUACGCAAAAGCUGUAUCCUCCACAACAAACUGUGCACGCGCUGCUACACGCCAGGACCCUGCCCGCCAUGUCGACCGCUUACAAGAAGACCCCUCUCUUUGGCGGGGCUCUUGUAGUUGAUCUCCCUGAGAAGUUCGCUGAUGUCAGCAAGUUGCGCCAGGUUCCCGACAAUCAGGAGGUCUACAUCGACAAGGACGGCUUCACUAGCAUUAUCAUCGAUAUCACAGAGCGCAUCGGGCCGGCCGGGAGCGGCAGUCUAGAAGCCGAUGGCCAGGCGCUGACAACACAUCUGGAGGAGCUUCUCGGCGAAGAUGCCGACUCGGUAAAGGUCUGGAACACGACCGAGACGCAGUUCUCGCACCUCGACGAGGACAUUCCCGCAUACACUCUGAUCGCCACGCAGACGCCCCAGUCCGCGAGCGCGCGCUCCGGCGCGCCCGACUUCACCGCGCUCAUCCUCACGCUGGUUCGGCUCGAGAAGGAGUCGACCGACAUCCUCAUCACUAUCAACGUGCCGCAUAUCAAGGGCGAAUACGACGAGGAGGAUGUCGACCUGGCGCUGGGGAAGCAGGGCGAGCUUAUCGGCGACGCUGUCGAGUACGCGGCCAAGAUAUGGGAGACGUUUGAGGUCAAGGACUGGCACCUUUUCAACGAGCUCUGAGGGGCUAUGGGUAGGAUAGGAUUGGGAUAUUUAUCAACGGGGUUUGUUUGUUGUGUUGAAUAUCAUGUGGCAGGCUCGGGCAAAGGUUGGGGUGGACAACCACACAGUCAGGGACAGGACAUGUCUAGGAUCUGAAUAUCGUGUUUGCAGGUUACUUAUUGGUGGAAAAUGUGCAGUUGGUCUAGGCGUUGAAAGGGAGGAACCGACGCGGAGGGAGGAACUCGUGUACUUGAUGCUUUUCAAUGUGUGUACGCAGCUUAUGCAGUAGCUAGCAGAGUAUCUCCCACUAGCGACCUUACGUAGAAAUGGAACUAUUUGAGUUUCUUA